AUGCUCAAGGUACGCUUCUGUCGGACUGUCAUCUGAAUUAGCCUAUGAUCUUUGCCAGUCAGACUUGUGAGUACCCUACAGGACAGUCAUUGUAAGCUACUUUUCUAGCAAUUAAACUAUAAUUAAAACCAUCUCCUUGUUCAAAUCAAAUCACAAUGUUGUCCAGUUGUUGGUAAUGAUGAUGAUGAUGAUGAUGAUGUUGUUGUUUAUCUUGUCCAGCUGGUAAGCGGGGUAUGCCAGGCAUCAUGGAGACCAGCUGUGGCAGAACUAAUGACUACACGGGGUUACAAAGGAGAGGCACCUGAUGACUCUAGGGGUGACCUAAUUGAGAUCCCCCUGCCCCCCUGGACAGAGAAGGAUGGCGAGACCAUGGACAUCAAGAGACGGCGCCUGCUCUUCCAAAGCCGAAAGAGGGGCAUGCUGGAGAAUUGCAUAUUGCUCAGGUGA